CUUAGUGAGUAUAAUUUAGUGUAGUGUAGUGCAAUCACCGAGUGAACUAUUUUUUUUUAAUGAUGAAAAAUAAAUCUAUUAAGGAGAAGAGCAUACUAUAACCAUUCAAAGGGUCAUGACAUCACAAAUAGCAGAGCAACAUGGUCAUCAUACAGUGAAAGAUCAUGAUUGGCAUUACAUACUAUUGGAAUUAACUCCUGAUCCCAAUUCAAGUCAAUUAAAAACUAUAACAGACACCAUUGAUAAAAUAACAUGGAAGAGUAAGAUCUUGGCUGGUUUAAGUCGAUCAUAUGGAUUACUUGGUGAAUCAUUACAUUUUGAUAUUCUCAUGUCUGAAUUGACUACGGCUGUGAUUAGAAUUGAUAAGCUUGAUACUGAGAGAUUCAUUAAUGCUUUGUUUGGAUAUGUGUUUAAGAUCCAACUUUCUUAUAAUGAACUGAAUGGAGAAGCUGAUGUUAAGAGUGAAGAGUUUGAUUGUUAUUUACGAGUGGUUAAUCAUGGUGAUUAUUUAGGUCUUGUUGUUAAGAAUAACUUUAAAUCAGCUUAAUGAAAGGUCAAUGUAAAUAAACGAAAGAUAGGACAUACAUUCCAAAUACAAGUUCAUGAUGUUUAUAUAACUCAUGGAUUACAAUAGGACUAAGUAAUGGGGGAAGACAUGGUUCUGCAUACUUAUCAUAAGGUCCAGCAAGAUAAGAAAGUCACUAUGGGUCACACUAGUUAUACUUCAACGUGACAAUAUCUUACUAACUGAUCAGCUAAUCAACAACUCAUGUUAAUAGAAGCAUUGUAUAUAUAUAAAAAUAAAUGUAUAAUAGUUA